AUGGCUCGUGAAGACGGGCGCGUUGUCAUGGUCACAGGGGCCACCUCAGGCAUCGGGGAGUUCACGGCCGAGCUCUUGGCCAAGGAGCGCUGCACUUUGGUCGUGCAUGGCCGAGAUCCAGCCAAAGUCGAUGCACUGGUGAAGCGCUUGCAGAGAUACACCAAGGUGCAUGGAUAUGUUGCUGACUUGAGCCUUAUGUCAGAUGUGCGGAAGCUGGGUGAGCAAGUCUCCAAAGACUUUCCGGUCAUCCACGGAUUGCUCAACAACGCUGGCACCUUUGCUGGAAAUUACACUGGACAACGGAAGGUCACGUUGGAGGGCAACGAGUAUUCGUUGGCAGUGAAUGUCAUGGCACCCUUCUUGCUGACCUCGCUGCUUUUGGAGAAUGUGCGUGCUUCCGGCGCAGGCCGCGUUCUCAUUACCUCCUCAAUCUCUUCUGGAUCCACAGAUGCCCUCAGCGAUUUGCAAUGUGAAAAGAGGUGGUCCGACCACAGGGCUUACGAGCUGAGCAAACUUUGCGAUGCCAUGAUCGCCAUGGAACUCCAUGCCCGCUAUGGCGAUCCUCCAAGGCUUUGCUUUCACACCAUGGACCCCGGAACAGUGGACACCAAGAUGCUUCGAGCUGGCUGGGGCUCUUGGGGCCAACCUGUCUCCACAGCCACCACGUCCUUCGAGAUGCUUACGCAGGACGGCAUUGAAUAUCACAAAGUGGAGCCAGAUUUGGAGUUCUUCGUCAAGGAGGGUUUGUCCUUUGAUGCCCUUGGUUUGUCAGAGCCAAUGCAGGCUCAAGAGCAAGAAUUCAGCCAUGCAGCCGCUCAAGAACUCAAAGCACAGGGAAUCGAGCUGAACUACUUUCACUACAAUGUUUUGAUGAGCAGCCGCAGUCGAAGAGGACAUUGGCAAGCAUCACUGGAGUGGCUGAGAAAUUUGCAGCAGGACCUCUUGCGAGCGGAUGGCUGCAGUGUCAAUACAGCAAUCGCCUCGUGCAAGUCUUUGGGUAUUUGGACUUGGGCAGUGAACAUGCUGCACGCCAUGACAAUGUGUGCCUUAAGAGCUGAAGAUAUGGGCGUCAGUUCGGCCAUUGGCGCUUGCCAAGGACCUUCUUUCGGAUUGUGGCGACGUGCUUGGUCCCUGUGGAGCGUUGCUCCCACGCAGAGCAGCACGACCGGGGUUCUUAAGACCUUCCAGCAGAGCUUCCAUUGGCCUUAUGCACUUUGGAUGCUUGAGGCGAUGCCAACCACCAGGAUGAAGCCAGACUUGAUCAACUACAACAGCAUUGCCGGCAAUUGCCAGGUCGGAAACGAGUGGCAGAAGACCAUGCUGCUUUUGUCCAAUGCCCCAGGUUUCGAUGAUGUAGCUUUGAACUACAUGGCCAAAGCGGCUGCGGGAGGGGCUCAUUGGCAAGCGGCCAUGGAGCUGGGUAAUGCCGGUGUCCUCCUUGGAUGUACAGCUGCCCUUUCAGCUUGCAGUCAGGCAACUGCCUGGGAAAGCGCCACAUUGCUUCUUCUGGCCAUUGGCUCGGCCGAUGCCAUUGCUUGCAAUGCUGGACUUGGUGGCUGUCGCACAAAGUGGGAGCGGACCUUUGCACUGUUGGACCUCAUGGCCUUCCGAAGGAUUGCGGCUGACGAAACAAGCCUCCACUUGCAGAUUCAAAGUUUCGAACUGAUGGCGUUGUGGGAGAUGGCUUUGCAGAGCUUGUGCUCAAUGCAGAGGAUUUCGUUGCGUCAAGGAGUUUUCAGCAUGACUUCAACGCUCAGCACCAUGAGUGUAGAUGCUGCGAGCAAUCCAUGGGAACAGGCGCUCUCGUUGGCAAGAAGCUUGGUGGACGCAGCCGUGCGCCAGAAUAUUGCCACCUACAGUGCAGCAUCCCAGAAAGCAUGGCAAAGAUGCAUCAAUUUAAUUGGUGUGAUUCCGGAAUUGCUGCUGGAAGUUGACACCCGAAGCUGCGUGGCAGCCCUCCAACCCACUGCAAAGGCGACACAAUGGAUGUCAGCCAUCAAUCGUUUGGACUGCAUGCAUUGGAAUUGGAUAAGGCCAGAUACAACUUGCCUGAACAUUCUCAGCAAUUGCAUUGACCAAUGGCAGCUGGCCUUGAGGAUCUUCUGGGAAAUGCCAUCCCCAGAUCUCAUGAGCUUGAACGCUGCAAUGAGUAUGUGCGACCAGUUUGACAUCUCAUUGGGGCGUGAGCUCUUAGCGUGCUACCCGCGGACCACUGCACAGUCAGCAGCAUCUCUCGUGUGGGCUAUGGCGAGGAUGACCGUUCAGGAUCCACAUGAAAUCCAGAAGGCCUUGGCCCAGGUUUGGUCACGGGGACCUCAUGACCUGGGAACUCGUGACCUCCCAAAGCUCUAUUGGGCCAUGGGCAUGCUCGGAGUGAGUCCCAAAGACGUGCUCAGACUGCCACUCGAUGAAUGUUUAGAGCAACUCAGUAUGACCGAGCUGCAACUUGUGACAUGGGGAAGUGCGUCAAUGAGGGCCAGACCAGGUUUGCUUACUGCAAUUCAGGAUGAGGUGCUAAAGCGCAUGGCAAGAAGCAAUUCAGAGGUUGAUUUGAAAGAUCCUGGUUGUCGAGAUUGGAUUGAAGAUCUGCUCGGGAUUUUUUUGGGCCAGCAGUUUUGCUGUGUGUCUCAGCCAGCGCUUUCGAGAAGGUGCUCGGAAGCUCGUGGCGCGGGCAGCCGCAGCCCAGGACCAAGGGAUAAAGGUUGGUGCACUGCCGCUUCGCCCGACAGAUCUUUCGGAGCUUUCGCCCGACAUUGUCAGCGACUUGAAGGACAGGUUGGUUUUGACGAAGCCCACUGGCUGGGAGGUACAUGA